AUGCUCCGCACGGGCGCCUCCUCGCUCGGCCGCUCGCUGCGCUUGUCCCCGUCCCCGUUGCAGGCGGCAAGAUGUUAUAGCAAUGGUGGCGCGACUGGCGAGUCCUCCCCGGGACCCUCGUCAUCCUCCUCGAGAUCGGGCGGUAACAGCAGCAGCAGCAGCAACAAUGACCCGGAAACGCACUUUGGCUUCCAAUCAGUGCCCGAGGCCCUCAAAGAGUCGAUGGUCGGUGGUGUCUUCUCGUCCGUCUCGUCUUCUUACGAUGUCAUGAAUGACGCGAUGUCCCUCGGUAUCCAUCGUCUGUGGAAGAACCAUUUCGUCUCAACGGUCCUCGACCCUCGUGGCGGGAUCAACUGUCUAGACGUGGCAGGCGGGACGGGAGACAUUGCCUUGCGUAUCCUGGACCAUGCGCGUACCGCCCACGCAGACCGGGAGACGCGGGUGAGCAUGCUGGACAUCAAUGCGGACAUGUUGCGUGAAGGGAUGGUGAGGUGCAAGAGGGAGAGCAUGUACUGGGGAACGGAUCAGCUGGGUUUCCAGCUGGGAAAUGCAGAGAGACUAGGGGAAAGAAUGGUGGUGCCUCCGCCGACGAGUAAGAAGGCCAUCUACAGGCAGCUCCCGGAGCUCAAGAGCGAGCCAGUGCCGGAUAGCAGUGUGGAUCUCUACACGAUUGCCUUUGGGAUCAGGAACUGCACGCAUAUUGACCAAGUGCUCAAGGAAGCAUAUAGGGUCUUGAAGCCCGGUGGGGUCUUUGGAUGCCUUGAGUUCGGCAAGGUGGGGAAUCCCUACUUUGCAGAGCUCUACCGUCAAUACUCCUUCCGCAUCCUCCCCUCCCUCGGGCAUCUUCUCGCCUCUGACAGUGCCUCCUACCAAUACCUAGUGGAGAGCAUCGAGCGAUUCCCCUCACAGCCGGACUUUGCGCAGAUGAUCCGCGAAGCCGGCUUCUGCACACCAGGUGUAGGCCAGGGAUCGCAAAUCAUCGAAGAGGCAGGGCUAGGACAGGAGUACUGGGCCAAGGCAGGCGGAAAGGAUUGGGAGGACCUCAGUGGGGGUAUUGCGUCUAUUUGGGUUGGGGUGAAGUUGUAG